AUGGCCGCGCAGGUUGCACCGCUGCCCCAGCUCAAGCUGGCUGCGGGCCCGGCGCCCAUGACAGCCGAGCAAAAGUACUGGCGGACCUUUAAGAACCAGCUGCUGAUGCCCUCGCCCACGAGCUACCCCGUGACGCACAUCUCCUGCGGCAGCGCCGACACCUUCGCCGUGACCACGGGCACGCGGGUGCAGAUCUACUCCACGCGGACGCGCAAGCUCCUCAAGACCGUCACGCGGUUCGGCGACGUGGCACGCAGCGGCGACAUCCGGCGGGACGGCAAGGUGCUUGUCGCGGGCGACGACACGGGCAAGGUGCAGGUGUUUGACGUCAACUCGCGCGCCAUCCUGCGGACGUGGACGCAGCAUGCCGGGCAGCCCGUGUGGACGACGCGCUUCCACCCGACGCAGCCGACCACGCUGCUGAGCGCCGGCGACGACAAGACGGUGCGCCUGUGGGACCUGCCGAGCGGCGAGCCCGUGACGACGCUGGCCGGCCACGCCGACUACGUGCGCUGCGCGCGCUUCCUGCCCGGCGCGACCACCUCGGGCAUGCUGGUGUCGGGCAGCUACGACGCCACGGUGCGGCUGUGGGACCCGCGCGUGUCGAGCGGCGCGGCCGGCGCGGCCAUGACGUUUAGGCACGCCGCGCCGGUCGAGGACGUGCUGCCGCUGCCGGGCGGCACCACGGUGCUGGCGGCCGCGGGCCCCAGCGUCAGCGUGCUCGACCUGGUCGCCGCCCGCCCGCUGCACGUCAUCACCAACCACCAGAAGACGGUCACCUCGCUGAGCCUGGCCUCCGGCGGGCGCCGCGUCGUCACCGGCGGCCUCGAGGGCCACGUCAAGGUCUUCGAGACGACGGGCUGGCACGUCGUCAACAGCUUCAAGUACCCGUCGCCCAUCCUCGCCGUCGAGGUCAUCCCCUCACCCUCCUCCUCGUCAUCCGAGGACACGGAAUCCGCCCCGUCUGACCGCCACCUCGCCGUCGGCAUGCAGUCCGGCGUGCUCUCCCUGCGCACGCGGCUCACCGGCCCUGAGGCGCAACGCGAGCGUGAACGCGAGCGCGAGAUGGACGCGCUCGUCGCCGGCCGCGCCGACGCCCUCGACGCCACCAAGGCGCGCCGCAAGCGCCGCGCCGCCGCCCAGAACCGCCUCGACCUCGUCGGCGAGGGCGCCGACGUCGUCAUCGCCCACGACGACCCCUCCUCCUCCUCGUCCCGCAAGAAGGAGCGGCCCUGGCAGGCGGACCUCCGCCACGGGCGCCACGCCGCCGCGCUCGACCGCGUCGUCGACCGCUCCGCGCCCGACUACGCGCCGCUCUCCGCGCUCGCCCUGCUGCUCGCCCUGCGCCACCGCGGCGCCGUCCGCGACGCCCUCGAGCGUCGCGACGAGGCCGCUGUCCUGCCGGUGCUCCGCUGGGUCUGCGCGCACGUCUGCGACCCCCGCUACGUCGGCGUCUGCGUCGAGGUCGGCCUGCACCUGCUCGACCUGUACGCCGAGUACGCCGAGGCCUCGCCGGAGCUGGCCGCCGGGUUCCGCACGCUGCAUCGGAGGGUCCGCGAUGAGGUCGACCGCGCGCAGAUCGCGGGCCAGACCGGCGGCAUGCUCGACAGCCUGAUCCUCGGGUGCGUCUAA